AUGCUCCACUUUGCCGCCGGGGUUUUGUGCGUCUAUGCAUUUACGUGCGUAAAAGUUGUCUAUGGACAAGAUGAGAAGGGAGAACGUUUUUUGUGUACUGCAAUCCCCAUUGACGUGGAUAAAAGUUGUCCGGUGCGACCUCCGCCUGUUCAGAGCGCAACGGUUCAAGAGGAUGAACUGAGAAACACUGUCAUGCAGCUUCGACUGACAAUAUUACAACAAAAGGAGACGAUUGCGAAUCACAUAGCGACGAUAAAAGAGCUGACGUCUAAACUGUCACGAUGUGAGACUGAUUCUGAAUAUUUUCGGGAAAGCAAUAAGGAAACGAUGGACGAUGUGCCUAAAGACUCCAAUGACACCAUUGACAUUCUUGGAAAGACCAUGCAGAGUCUAAAAGAUCGAUUAGAAAAUCUUGAGCAACAGCAAAUGCGAGCCAACAUCUCUGGUGCCUCCUUCCCUAAUGACCUGAGAAAUCUACUGCAGCGUCGACUUGAGGACCUGGAGAAUCAACUGCUCAAGAAGGUCAAUGAACUUAAGGCAGAGAAGUCGCAGCUAUAUAAUGAAACUGUAGCUCAUCACCAACGCACAGAUAAUGCCCUCAAUCUUCUCACCAACAGGAUUUCUGAACUUGAGAAUGGGGAAGUUGGAUUCAAGUCACCAGAGAACUUCAAAAUCUCUCUUCCUCUACGCACAAAUUACCAUUAUGGAAAAGUGAAGAGAAGCUUGCCAGAAAUGUACGCUUUCACUAUUUGCUUGUGGCUUAAGUCAAGUGCAAGCCUUGGAACCCCUGGUGUUGGAACCCCUUUUUCUUAUGGAGUGCCAGGGCAGGCAAAUGAGAUUGUACUGAUCGAAUGGGACAGUAACCCACCAGAACUAAUCAUCAAUGACAAGGUGGCGCGACUGCCUCUAUCACUGGGUGAUGGGAGAUGGCAUCAUGUCUGCAUCACUUGGACUGUUAGGGAUGGGGUUUGGGAAGCCUACCAGGAUGGCCAAAAAUUGGGUUCAGGUGAGAACCUCGCUCCUUGGCACCCAAUCAAACCUGGUGGAGUCAUUAUCCUUGGCCAAGAGCAGGAUAUAGUGGGUGGGCGUUUUGAUGCCAACCAGGCUUUUGUGGGUGAGCUGAGCCACUUUAACAUCUGGGAUCGGGUUCUGCGUUCCUCUGACAUUAUCUCUAUGGCAAACUGCUCAUCCUACAUGCCUGGGAAUGUGGUGGCCUGGACCGAAAGUAAUAUUGAGGUGUUUGGUGGCGCAUCAAUAUGGCCACUUGAGCUUUGUGAAGCCCGGCUUUUUGAUGGUUAAAGAUGUCUGUUGAGGUUAUUAAACACAAUCAUUGAAAAUGAUAUAUUAAAGUUGUUUUUUAAAGGAGAACAUAAAGAUACAUUUAAUAGCGUUGUGUCUGUGUAUAAAGCAUAAAUACUAUCAACAUGUGCUUAAAAUUAUAUUCUUCAUACUGUUAACAAGGAAUUUGUAUCCUAAAGCAAAUUUUGUAGGUUUAAUGGUAUCCAUAUUUACUGUGUUUGGAUCCCCAUUUUUAUUUAAAGGAUAGUUUACCCAAAAAUUUAAAUUCUGUCAUCAUUUAUUCACCUUGUCGUCAUUUCCAACCUGCAUGACUUUCAUUCUUCUGCAGAACACAA